AUGGCACCAAAGCUGCACCCAAAAUCUGAUCGUCCUGUCCGUGUCAAAUCACCGGUAAAACCACAAACAAAGGCGAAGCAGAAGGGUAACGGUAAGGCGAAGGCUCCUGUGGACACUCCUAAGACAGUACCAGAACUUGUACUCAACCAACAACAAAGCUUCGAGUUGGUCAAGAUUGGUGUCAAUGCUGCUGUCAGCCAGUUUGUCUUUGGUAGGAAAUUCUUUCCCACUAAUUGCUACAAGACCCGAAUCUACGAUGCAUCCGAUCCAAACCCUACCUAUGAAGCUUUUAUCAACGGAGCAAACAUCCCUAGGAACUUCCAUUUGAAUAAAGCUGGUGAUGAAAUCGUUUCCUUCAGUUCUGUUGUGCGAGGGACGGGCCACCCUGGCGCAGAAAAACUCCUCGAUUGGCUGGAGUUCGGAGUUGGACAUGCUGUAAGCGAUAAAUGUUUGGCAAAAUUCCAACUCUCUCUUUAUCGAAAAGAAGUUGUCCCCGAACAGCUCGUUGAAGCAUUCACCAUAAACUUCACUUACAAAGAUGUUGAAGAAAAUUCUCAUGUCCAAAUUUCUGCUUCUUUGUCGAACAAGAAUGGAAAUACCGUCAGUUUAGGAUCGGCACAGGAGGGACUAAGAGACUUGAUUCGACAGGUUAUGAACAGUUCUCGAAAUCUUCAAGGCCAAUCGAUCGGACGCAAAGUGAGUAUGCAAUUGGUGUACAAUGACAAUACACGCCCUAAGCAUGAAUAUCGAGGAUUUCAUGCUUUGUCGACAUCUCAGAUACUUCCUGAUGGUUGUGGAAUUCUCAUGGGCCAAACAAGCACCGGCGUUCAUGGACUUGAAAUAAAGUACUACGAUGCCCCAGCCAUGGAUACCCACGUUCCAAAAGCAACAGCAUUGGAUGAUGCGAAGGUAACUUCUGAUCGAAAACGUUUAACAACGGCCAGAGGUCUCAAAUCCACAACACCACUAGCAAAUGUGAUGAUUGGCGACAAUAGUCAGUCUUCCUUGCGACAUAGUCAAUUAUCACAAAGUGUUGAUACACAGCAGAGCACAAUGCGAUGGAUCAAUCAGAUUGGACACGCAAAAGGAUCUGACGAUAUGGACACACAACCGAUACCCGCCUGCCGGCCUACCACCUCUGGAAAGCAUACGCCAUUUCUUGAACGAGAAGAGGUCAAUGGUAAAGGAAUUGAGGAAGUGUCGGAAGAAGAGGAGGAGGUACAGUGCGAGUGUCAUAAUUAUGAAGACCGUGAAAAUUUGGAAAGUCGGACGGAGGAAUUCUUUAUAAGAAGAUAUACCCCAUAUGUUGCCGCAGACGCAUGGUAUAUUAUCUUGAACAGAAUGGCUUCAAUGAUAUGGAAGGCUUUUGCCAAUUGGAACUUGGAAAAGACGCAGAAAGAACUUGAGUCUUUGAAAACCGAAGGUAUCAUUAAGAAAUGUCCAAAGUCCUCCAAGGAGCCAUUUCGAUUCUCCGACAUCAAGAAGCUUCAAAUGGAAUUGUUUGAUCCAUCUAAACACAUUCCUCAUACCAAGCCUUUUGCUACAGCAGUUACGAAACCUGAUUUGACCCAUAAGUCCUUGGACCAGACCCAACUUACACCAGUCGGUCGUCGUCUUCGUCAACCUGACGGUUCAAUCAGAAGUGGCCUGCGAAGUGAAGGAAGCAGUACUCAGACCCCUAGUUCAUUGAGAAGAUCACCAAGAAGCCCUGCUCAAACAACCCCUCAACAACCCAACAAACGUACUGGUGAUGAAGGAUUGGAUAGUGCUCGCAAGAGAAUGCGAUCUGCUCUAUCAGCGACUAGUCCCUUCAGUCUCAGAUCAAAUGGUUUGUAUUAG